UGUGAGACUAUAACAGCCCGCUCGCCCCCUCCCCUUCGAAACAAAACAAAAAAAAAAAUCUUCUAACACACAUCAUCAAGAAAAACAACAUUGUUUUCAGUCUCUUAUCUCUUUGCUCCCAAAUAUCCUGUUUCUACGAGUUGCGCUAGCCAGAACCAAUAGAAACCUCUUCCUGCCAGUGGCUGACUUCAUUUCCCAGCGUUAGCACAAUCUUAUCCGCUCUAAACAACUCCAACAAACCUCUGGUCUUCACUGAUCUUCAGGAAAAAAAAAAAAAGAAAAAAAAAGGCUACCGCUUUAAUUUUAAACAUUCUCGAUCAAUAUUUCCAGCUCGAGAAUGGCCAGCACUAUCAAGUUGCACAGCAAUAAGACCACUGAGAAACUGCAUCUUGUUUCCAGAGAUGUCCUGCUGGACGCAGCACCUGUGAUUAAAGAAGCAUUGUCAGUGGUGAGUGAAGACCAGUCCUUGUUCGAGUGUGCCUACGGAACGCCACACCUCGCCAAAACGGAGAUGACAGCGUCCUCCUCCAGCGAGUACAUCCAGGCAGCGAAGAUGAGCCCACGAGUUCCCCCACAGGACUGGCUGCCCCAGCCACCCACGCGAGUCACCAUCAAAAUGGAGUGCAACCCCAGCCAAGUCAAUGGAUCUAGGAACUCCCCAGAUAACUGCAGUGUGGUGAAGGGAGGGAAGAUGGUCGGUGGUUCAGACAGCAUCCCAAUGAACUACGGCAGCUACAUGGAGGAGAAGCACAUCCCGCCCCCAAACAUGACAACCAAUGAACGAAGAGUCAUUGUACCUGCAGAGAGAACUGAUCGUGGAAUUGACACUGCUGUUCGUGUUUUACGCCUGUACCCCACUCUCUGGACGACAGACCACGUGCGCCAGUGGCUGGAGUGGGCAGUAAAGGAGUACGUCCUCGUGGAUGUCAACACCUCCUUGUUCCAGAACAUCGACGGGAAGGAGCUAUGCAAAAUGAGCAAGGAGGACUUCCUAAGGCUAACCCCCAGCUACAAUGCUGACAUCCUCCUCUCACACCUGCACUACCUCAGAGAGACUCCACUUCCUCACUUGACUUCAGAUGAUGUUGACAAAGCCUUACAAAACUCCCCUCGGUUAAUGCAUGCUCGUAACACAGGGGGUGCAGCUUUUAUUUUCCCAAACUCUUCUGUUUAUCCUGACGCCACCCCGAGGGUGACUGCCAGACCAGACCUGUCUUACGAAGCAGCUAGAAGGUCUGGAUGGACCCCACACUCUGUGGCUCCAGCUAAGGGUGCACAGCCGUCUUCCUCCGCAGUCGGUAAGCCUGAAGAGCAGCGGCCCCAGUUAGAUCCCUACCAAAUACUUGGACCAACCAGCAGCCGACUGGCGAACCCAGGUGUCAGGGAAAUAUGUUACCAGCAGGCUACUAUAAAAAGGAGCGGGCAGAUUCAGCUGUGGCAGUUCCUGCUGGAGCUCCUGUCGGACAGCUCCAACUCCAACUGCAUCACCUGGGAGGGGACCAACGGGGAGUUCAAGAUGACGGACCCGGAUGAGGUGGCACGGCGCUGGGGGGAGCGCAAGACCAAGCCCAACAUGAACUACGACAAGCUGAGCCGAGCCCUGCGCUACUACUACGACAAGAACAUCAUGACCAAGGUGCACGGCAAGCGCUACGCCUACAAGUUCGACUUCCACGGCAUCGCCCAGGCCCUGCAGCCCCACCCCCCAGAGUCCUCCAUGUACAAGUACCCCACGGACCUGUCCUACAUGAGCUCCUACCACGCGCACCAGCAAAAGAUGAACUUUGUGACCCCGCACCCCCCCGCCCUCCCCGUCACCUCUUCUAGUUUUUUUGCCACCCCGAAUCCCUACUGGAAUUCACCGACUGGAACCAUUUACCCUAACACCAGGCACCCUGCCUCCCACAUGACGCCACACCUUGGCACCUACUACUAGAUCCGUUUGGUGUUUUUUUUUUUCUUUUUCUUCUAGUAAGCGGCAGGAAAAAAUGGAGAGCCGAAACUAGAAUUAUAUAGCCCUAAGAAAAAAUAAAUAAAAGGAAAUCGCAAAGACUGGAGAAAUGUAUUGAUGUUAAGAUUAGGGUUAGGACCCAAGUGACGAGAGUCGGGAGACAGCAAUGAGAAGAUUUAGGACAACGUUGAAUUGUAGAGACUGGAGAAUCUCAGCAUGGCAAUCUUAAAACUGGUUAUUAAAAGAAAUUCAGCGGCGUGCAGCAACUGGACAAAGAAUGGGACCAAACAGUAAUAGUAAUGAUAAUGCUACAGGAAAUACAUAAAGCUGCAUGAAGGCUUAGUAAAUAUAUACAGUAUGAAUUACAUAUUAAACUAUCUUUAUUUAAUGAACCAAACAUAUCAAAGACUCUGGAAAUGUGGUAUCGCGAGACAAAGCACAAACAAACAACAAAUAAAAAAAGAGAGAAAUCACCUAUUUUUCUACAUAUGUUGUAGAGGACGAAGAUGUAUUAGCUGUAUCAAACUGUGAAGUAAAUGCAUGCAGUCUUUACCAGUAAUGGACAAUACGAGAUUAUUGAGCCAAUCGUCAGGACUGAGAAUGUGAGAAAGUUCUUGGGAUGUGAUGAAUUGAAGGAAGUCGGAAGGGAAAAGCUAGGGUGUUUGAAAUGGGGAGAGAUCCACAAUUUUGAAGGAUGUCAGAGAGAACGUAAACCAACUGGACAAUGAGUUAUUACUUAUUUGGAUAUACAUUGCCAGUUUCUAUCAGUAUUAUUAUACUACAUAGUAGUACAUAUGGCAUUAUUGCAGUUAAAGGAAAUCAGUAACUUUACUUGAGAUAUUUUAAAAAGGGAAUACCAGAAUACUACAGAAAAAGCAUCUUGUUUUUAUAAUUUGGAAAAACUGGAAUUGUUUUUUUUACGUUCUGUAGGACCUCAAAUCUUUAUUGGGGGCAGUCUUCCUGCUGUCUUAGAUGUACACAGAAACUCCCUUGUACUGCCAAAGAGAUUUCAUUAAAGGGCCAAUUAUGUUUUAUUAUUUUACUGAGUCGCGAACGCUGUGCGUUUGUUAGAGAAAUAUACAAUUCAGUGUUAUUAUUUUUUUCUUUUUUUAUAUAUAUAUUAUAAUUAUGUAACUUAUGCAUUUAUACACUACGAGUUGAUCUCGGCCAACCAAAGACACAGACCAAACAAAAAAAAAAAAAAAAAAAAGAAAUGGACUAUGAAACAUUUGUGGCCUUGGAUUUUAACUCUGUAUGCUUUUGUGUUUACAUUACAAACUAUAAAUACUUAGAAAUGCAGAUUGUAUGUAACAAAAAAUAAGCUUGGCCUGGCAUGGCAUUUUCAGGCAUAUUCUGUAUUUUACAUUACCUAAAAUAAAGGGAGGGGGGUAGGAUUGGAGUAGGAGGGUUACGUGGGACGGACUUAAUGGUGGAUGGUGGGGGAGCACAGGGUAUUACAGGUAAAACUUAUAUGAAAUGAAGUUUCAGCUACUAGUGCCUUCAUCAGCAUACCAGUAUUAAAAUAAGAGUCAGGGGUUAACAGACUCAACACAGAAAGGGAAAUACUGCGGAAAGCAAUAUGUUUUUGUAUGGGUGUAAUUCUAAUAAAAAUGUUUUUAAACGA